AGCUUCGGCUCCAUUUGCACUGUCGCUAAAUAGUUACACCGCACGUCAAGUCGGAGGUAAUUCGAUCAUUCGCAACCCGGGACGCGCUCAGCGGCACGCAGCACAGUCGGCGGCCGCGAUUUGGGACGCUUUGAGCCGGCGUUAGACGCCCCCUGACCACGCGCGCCUCCUCCGGCAGAUGCGGAUGCUCUUUUGGCCCGGAGCCGGCCAGCUGAGGUGAAGGCGAGGGCACAGUGUGGACGAGCCGCCCGGCCAACGAGGACCAUGAUCUGAACGCUCGCUCGUCCUCUCGUCUUUCUCCACCGUCAUCACCGAGUAAACGGCUCCCGCGUCCGGCAGGAAGUGUUUAAACGCACCAGCGGGAAGUGGAAGAAGAUUCGGCCGUCACCUGACAAGCCCCCCCCCCACCCCGCCUCCGCCGCCGCCACAUCAAGAUGGGGAGGAAAAAGAUUCAGAUCCAGAGGAUCACCGAUGAGCGCAACAGACAGGUGACCUUCACCAAAAGGAAAUUCGGCUUAAUGAAGAAAGCGUACGAACUGAGCGUGCUGUGCGACUGCGAGAUCGCCCUCAUCAUCUUCAACCACUCCAACAAGCUCUUCCAGUACGCCAGCACCGACAUGGACAAGGUGCUGCUCAAGUACACCGAGUACAACGAGCCGCACGAGAGUCGGACCAACGCUGACAUCAUCGAGACCUUGCGAAAGAAAUCAUUUAACGGCUGCAACAGCCCCGAGCCCGACGGCGACGACUCCAUCGACCAAAGCCCGUUAAACGACGACAAGUACCGCAACAAGACGGACGACCUGGAUACCCUCUUCAAGCGCUACGGCGCUCUGAACAAGAAAGAGCACCGGGACUCUGAGAGCCCGGACCCCGAGGAGCCCUUCUCGCUCACGCCGCGCACUGAGGAGAAGUACAAAAAAAUUGACGAGGAGUUUGAUAAAAUGAUGCGCAACUAUAGGCUGUCAGCCGCCGUCCCGCAGCCGACCUUCUCCAUCCCCGUCACAGUGCCGGUGUCCAAUCAGAGCGCCCCGCCGGCGCAACCAGCUACCCUCCACUUCAGCAACAACCCGGGCGGCACCUUGGUCACCACCACCUCCUUCAUCAACGCCGCCCUCUCGGACCCCCGCCUGCUUUCACCGCAGCAGCCCGCCCUGCAGAGGAACAGCGUCUCGCCGGGACUUCCGCAGCGACCCGCCAGCGCAGGUGCACUCCUCACAGGAGAUCUGGGGAACUCCAACGGAGCGUGCCCGAGUCCAGUCCCUAACGGCUACAUUAGCGCCCGGGCCUCGCCAGGCCUGCUGUCCGUCUCCAAUGGCAACAACAGCAACCUGGUCAAAGUGGUUCCAGCCAAGUCCCCGCCUCCUGCCAGUCCUCAGAUGGUCAGCGCUCGCAAACCCGACCUGCGGGUCAUCACCUCGCAAGGUGGAAAGAGCCUCAUGCAGCUGACAGAAGAGCUGGAGCUGGUCAACGAGAAUGCUCAGCGGCUAGGCAGCUCCCAAGUGCAGCAGCCCCUUACCACCCCGGUGGUUUCCGUGGCGACGCCCAGCCUCUUGGCGCCCUUCUCCGCCAUGCAGACGGCUUACAACACUGAGUACCAGCUGACGAGCGCCGACCUGACGGCCCUGCAGACGUUCACGCCGGCGGGCCUGGUGCCCGGCAACAUGGCUGCCUGGCAACAGCAGCCGACAGUCACCCAGCAACAGGCGGCGCCGCCCAUCAGCCUGGCGUCGCUUACCAACCUAGUCAUGUGGGGUUCAGACAAACAGAGUGCAGAGAUGGCUAACUCCAACAUUGCUGCUAACCUCAGGCCGAUGGCUCCCCUCCCUCAGGGCACCUUGACGGUCAACACCAACCCUCACGUCAACAUCAAGUCCGAGCCCGUGUCGCCCAAUCGGGACCGCAGCACUCCCUGCCCCAGCUUGGGCGGCGGCGGUCAAGUCCACGGGCAGGUGGUGCCGUCGUACUCCUCCACCGUCCAGGGCCGCUCUCCCGUCGACAGCCUGAGCAGCAACGGCAGCUCGUACGACGGCAGCGACCGGGACGACGGUCGGGGCGGCGGCGGGGGUCCGGACUUCCAUCUCCACCAGCAGCCCGGCGUCCAGCAACCCACCAUGAUGCUGCUGCGGCCCGCCUCCACCGAGCCUCCGGAGCAGGAAAACGUGAAGAGGAUGAGGUUGGAUACGUGGGUCACAUAAAAUGCCGGUGCUAUGCCGGGCCGGACAGAACCAAUUGAGGCCCUUGCCCUCCCCCCCCUCCCAAAAAACAUUACUACACACACCAGCCCCAGAAUUUCACAUAAGCAUGCUUAACACUUGGGCACACAUUCACAUACACAACUCACAAAAAAAAAUGGGGAGAUUUGUCAGGAUGAACCUAGAAUGCUUUAAUUUGACCGCUGAACUUUAGAAGUCAGUAUUUUCUUUUUCGGAAUUUUGACCCGUGACCAGCAAGUUGUACAAAAAGAAAGACUGAGCAUUCAAAACUUGUCAAAUUAGGUUGACCUGGAAAGGUCAAGGAGCAUUUGUAGGGUCUUUCUGAAGUCACACCCACAAAUACUAAUGCCCCAAACUUUUUGUCAUCACGGGUCGACUUCGUAUUUGUCUCUUUCACUCGGGACAGCACGACGGGAAAAAGCCAGUUUUAAUAUGUAGUGCAAAAGGGGCUCAUGCCGUUUCCCAGCAUGCCUUGCGUGUCGCCAUCCAUCUCCAGAGUAGAUCAAGCCAAUGAUGGAAAACUGCCCCCCCCCCCCCCCCCCCCCCGAAAAACCAGACUGAUGACACCCUUGCUCACCCUUUGUCAGCAAUUUGUAAAUGAGCUGGUUUGAAAAUAAUUUCUCUCUUCUCUGAUUGGCCACAAGCUGUUGCUUUGCCAGACCAAUCGGAGAAGAGAAAGCCAUCACAUGGUUUUGCUGCCUCUUUUUAAUCAUGUCAACACGAAUAGACGUUGCUUACAAAUCAGACAGCAGGGAUGUGAUUUAAUUCAUCCAAUGAUUAGUCGGCUAAUUGAGGCAGGAAAACGGCAUUAAUUGGAAUGAUUUGUUGCCAUGACAACAACAGAAUCAGGGAGGAUGAGACUUGUGCGUGUGGUAACGCACAAAGUGAACCACAUUGGGGGGGCUGUACAUAAACUGCGUGCGUGUGUGUGUGACAAGUUUGAAUAAUGUUAUUGAUAAUAAUAAUAGUAGAUGAUUGUACAUAUGAGCUCAGUAUUUGGCAGGAAGUAAGGACAACAACUCCUUUUUUAAUAAUUCUUUAUGGCUACGUGCGUGUGUGUGUACAGUACACGAUAUAAAAGUGUAGUUUGUCGACCAUGCAACAGAGGGCGCUAUAGAGGCAGAAAAGGGACUCGAUGUUGGAGCGCACUUUUUACACUUCAACACACACAUAUCAAUGCAAAGGUUCCCUCCGUCCACGUGUUUGUAUACUUUUUGACGUUCUACGAUUAGAUGAUGAAGUUAACAAGCCUCUGAUCGGAGGUUUCAAUGGUGACAAGUUUAAAUCAUAAGACUUUUCUAAGAAUUAAUUGCAGCUAUUUCCCCCCAAAGUUUCAGUUGUGUUGCAUGUCCUUUAAAAAAAAAAAAAUCAAAAAGGGAAAAAAACUAAGUGUGUGUAUACCAUAUAUAUAUAUAUACAUAUAUAUAUAUAUAGUGUAGUUAUAGUUAUAUAAAUAUACAUAUAAUAUAUAUCGAGUUAUAUAUCUAUAAAGUUAUAUAUAUCUUAUACAGUAUUUAUAGGUAUUUAUGUUGUGUGUUUUCCUUUUUUGAUUUUUUUUUUUUUUUUUUUUAAUUUGAGCAUACUACUACUCCUGUUUGCAUUACGUUUCUUUUUUGCUUUGUUUUGUCUCAUUUUAAAAUACGCAAACAUUUCCAAAAACUGCCCCAUAAAUGCUACGUUAAAGCUACAAAAGUAGAUAAAGAGGCGGGGGUUAAAAAAAGUUUUAUAUUUGCCAAUAUGUACUUUUCCCACUAUAUUUCAUAACACACACACACACCUCUUUCCUGUCAAUCAACACUUUGAGAACAUCCCCCUUUACCAUUAAAGUUGAAAGAUUUUUUUUUUUAUCAUAUCACUAUACUCAAGCCCACUUAAAAACCAUCUUUGUGUUGCCAUGGCGAUGCGGUUAGCCACCAACGAAACGUUAGCACUGCACCUCUUUGUUUUUGAUGACUAUUUAUUGGGACAAUGUGCGAUGCGGUCCUUUUUAGUGCGCUAAAUGAACUCUUUUCAAUUCAUUUUAUUCUGUUGGGAGUCUGCCUCAAGCCAUACGCGACUUGGUUGUUAUUUGUGCGCUCCCUCUAGGGGGCGCCAUAAUCACUAAAAGACAAUCAUCUUCAAACUCUGCCUGCUAUGGAAAGCCAAUUUGAGCGUUUUAUUUGGCAACUUCUUGAUAUCCAAAGUCCAUAUACUAGUACGCUCUUUGUCCUAACGAGUAAGACGAGGAUUACUAAUAUGUUUCAACUACUAGUAUCACUUUUGGCAUAAUCAGUUCAAUCAAAUCUUAGAAAUAAACUGCUGUAAUUAGUACAUGGAUCUUUUGAUAGGUAUCAAGGAUUUGGAAUAAACACUCCAACAUAUUUCCACACGCAGGCCACCAAAGCUAAAACGCUCACUUUCCGAUGUCCAUUCGUGCUGGUGACAAGUCUGUUUUUUUAUGGUGAAUAUAAAUGAUCAUCAUCACGAUGAGGACAUAGACGUGAUGAAGACUUUUUUUUUGUGUAGCUUAGUUUUGAUUUGAUCAAUAUUCUAUAAAUAUCUUUUUGUUUGGUUGUUGGGUUGUUUUUUUUUUUUUUGGUUGUGUUAUGAAUUAAACGUCGCACGUUGUUUUGACGCACAAGUAAGCGAGGAUGUCACUGCUGCAUGGAUCAAGAGCAAAGGGGAAUAAAAUGUAAAGUCAACACACCAUCGUCACACAAAUAUAUUCUAAGAAAAAUGAAGAUAAAAUAUAGAAUAAAAAUAGCUAAUAUAUUGUGUUGGGCUAGUCUGCUUUUUUGUUGUAAAGAGACUUUUUUUUUUUGUUGGACAACGAUAUACAAUUUGUGUAUAUUUUCAUAAAUAAAAGUAUGCACUGAUAUGUUAUUACGAAAUCUAUACUGCUUUUACAAAAAAAGUGUUUGUUAUUGUACCAAAGUAUCCCAUGCUCCCUUUCUUCUUGCGCCUCCCUCGCUCCCCUUUUUGCGUAUGUUUUACCGUAUUUUAUAUAUUAAAUAGACAAGUUGACCUACACCAAA